AUGACGAGCGACGACCAGUUCUUUUUUGACUUCCUCGCCUCCGUCCCGCAUGACGUAAAGCGAUAUUCUGCGGAGGUCGCAGAAUCCAUCGAUCGCAAUGUCGACUACGCAGCAACCGUCAUCAAAGAUGCAUUGACUGUGUAUUUCCCUCAUGUUAUAUCGUUCGGGUCGCGCGAUCUCCCUGCUCUCCGACGGCCGCCGCCGCGGUCGGUCUCUGAACGUGCGUACGACUGGGUGAUGCGACACAGAGCGUGGACAGCUGCCAUCGCGGCAUUCUUUGGAACAGGCGCUGUUUUAUAUCUGGGAAGUCGAUCGUUCAAUAACCGGAAGAGAAGAGCUCGGCGUGCUGGAAACGGUGCGCGGAAGGAAAUAGUCGUCAUUGCUGGGUCGCCGCAUGAACCCAUGACAAGAGCAAUAGCGGAGGACCUCGAGCGUCGCGGCUUUAUUGUCUAUGUCGUGGUCCAAUCGGUAGAGGAAGAGCAUACAAUCCAGAUGCAAAAUCGGUCUGACAUUCGGGCUCUGCAUCUGGACUUGACAACAGCACCUCCCACGCCGUCAGAAAUCCACCCUGCGCUGCAUGGCAUAUACUCGUUGAUAUCGCAACCGCAGUCUCCAGCACCUGGCAUCCAGCCUCAUACAUGCCAACUGAGUGGACUCAUUAUACUCCCCUCUUUGAACUACCCAACCGGCCCUGUGCCGACAAUCACAGCAUCUAACUGGGCCGAUACAAUCAAUACACGACUUCUAUCACCGAUAUUAAUCACACAAUUAUUCAUCCCUCUCCUCACACACCGAAAUCAGAGUAAUUCCAUUGUGUUCCUUUAUCCGUCAAUCUCAGCGUCUUUAUCAGCACCAUAUGCCGGCCCCGAAGUCGCCGUAACGCGAGCUCUAUCUGGGUUUGCAACUUCGCUUCGCCAGGAGCUUCGGCUGUUGCAAUUCAGCAACGGCGCCUCAUGCAACACGGACAUUGUUGAAAUGAAAUUGGGGAAUAUAGACUUGGGCCCGCACUUCCGGGUUCCUCAAGUGGCUGGCACAGAGGUCCUUGCGUGGAGCCAUCACCAUCGAUCCCUGUACGGACCUUCUUAUCUGUCCAGCGUUGAACAGCGGCCUGUAGCCUCCACGGGGCCCAAUGCGGUCCGAGGAUCGCCUGCGCGGGUCUUGCACAACGCCGUAUUUGAUAGUAUAGCGCCGUCUCGGAAGUCAGUGUUUGGCAGGAAGACAAGGAGGAAGGCUGUGGUUUAUGUUGGCCGCGGUUCUCGGUCAUACGGAAUAAUUGGCGAAUGGAUCCCGACCAGUCUUGUAGGAUGGAUGUUGGGACAGGGGAAUCUGCCUCAGUCCUCAUCGGAGAGCGGAAAUAGUAGUGAGACUGGGUGGGAAAGACUAUAA